CUCGGAAGCAGUGCUGCGAUUUUACCUAAAGUCACCUUUUUUUUUUACCGUCGGGUGAAUUCGACGACGGUCCUAAUCUCGCCUCCUCCACACGCGCCGAUCACCAUCUCUCUCUGUAAUCGCUCUUCUCGAUGUCAACUAUUUCCUUCUUCCUUUGCUCUUAGGGUUAGGGUUUAUUUUGUUCUUUCUCUAUAUCCUUCAAUCAAUGUGAAAAAAAAGCUCUCCCUUUUGGCAGUUUCCGAUGUUUGGUCGCCAUUCGAUUAUCCCAAAUAACCAGAUUGGUACCGCCUCUGCUUCCGCUGGUGAAGACCAUGUCUCUGCCUCCGCUACGUCUGGUCACAUUCCUUACGACGAUAUGGAAGAAAUCCCUCAUCCUGACUCUAUCUAUGGUGCUGCCUCCGAUUUGAUUCCCGAUGGCUCUCAAUUGGUUGCUCACCGAUCCGAUGGCUCUGAAUUACUUGUUUCUCGGCCACCGGAAGGGGCGAAUCAGCUUACGAUCUCGUUCCGUGGACAAGUUUACGUUUUUGAUGCCGUUGGUGCUGACAAGGUGGAUGCUGUGUUGUCGCUGUUGGGUGGUUCUACUGAGCUUGCUCCUGGUCCGCAGGUGAUGGAACUAGCUCAACAGCAGAAUCAUAUGCCUGUUGUAGAAUAUCAGAGCCGCUGUAGCCUUCCGCAACGGGCACAAUCCUUGGAUAGGUUUCGGAAGAAGAGGAAUGCUAGAUGUUUCGAGAAGAAAGUAAGAUACGGUGUUCGCCAAGAAGUUGCCUUAAGAAUGGCACGUAAUAAAGGUCAAUUCACCUCUUCAAAGAUGACAGAUGGGGCUUAUAACUCUGGCACAGAUCAAGAUUCUGCCCAAGAUGAUGCCCAUCCAGAAAUAUCGUGUACUCAUUGCGGCAUUAGUUCCAAAUGUACACCAAUGAUGCGACGUGGCCCUUCCGGCCCCAGGACUCUCUGCAAUGCCUGUGGACUUUUUUGGGCUAACAGGGGUACAUUGAGGGAUCUCUCAAAGAAAACAGAAGAGAAUCAGUUGGCUUUAAUGAAACCGGAUGAUGGUGGGAGUGUUGCUGAUGCUGCUAACAACUUAAACACUGAAGCUGCAAGUGUUGAAGAACACACUUCCAUGGUUUCUCUUGCCAAUGGGGAUAAUUCUAAUCUGUUAGGUGAUCACUAAAUACUGUGAUAAGAAUCAGAAGAUAGAAAUCUUUGUAGAAUCAGAUGGUCUUCUCUAUGAAUUUAUCUUUUCACCAUCACAUGUAUUAUAGAAACCGUAACCGAACCUCAAAUCAAAUACCAUAUCAGAUGUCUUUGGUUUCAGAGUUUGUUACUAUGCUUGCAACCAUACCCAUUGACAUGGUGUGGUUAAAAACGUUAAAGUCGAUUCUGAGGGGAAAAAAGUUUACUUAUUACGUUACAUCCUCAAAA